AUGAACAAUGGAAAUAAUAAUGAAGAGAAUGACGUCAGCAAUGCUGACGUCAUAAUUUUUAAAAACAAUACGGCGUCUGGAGCUUCGUUAUCAGAAGUGGGAUCGCUCGCCACUUCCGCUCAACAACAACCUGAUGCUACAACAGAACCAGACCAUAGAUUGAAUACCACAAGCAAUACUGGAACUGUGUUGCCGCAAGACCAGCCACAAUCAGCAUUGUUAAACGCAUCAAUGAACAGUAUACCACCGCAAUUCCUUAUGCAGAUAAUGCAAGUGAUGCAGCAAAUGUCGGAACGUUUAAGUACACCGCCAGAAACGAAAAUACGUAUUAAUGACAUUUACUUACCAUCUUUUGACCCCGACACUAAUGUGGGAGUACGUGAGUGGUGUCAACACAUCGACAAGGCCAUUGAAACAUACAGACUCAACGAUUUUGAUAUACGAAUGAAAGUUGGCAGCCUCCUAAAGGGAAGAGCGAAAAUGUGGGUUGACGAUUGGAUGGUCACCACAGCUUCAUGGGCUGAACUGCGUAACAACCUCAUCACAACGUUCGAGCCAGAAAACCGUUAUUCUCGAGACAUAGUUCGAUUCAGAGAACAUGUUUAUGACUCUUCAAAAGACAUCUCGGAGUUUUUAUCACGUGCUUGGGUCUUAUGGAGAAGAAUCACCAAGGACAAACUAUCAAAUGAAGAUGCAGUUGAAGCAGUGAUUGGUUGUGUAAACGAUGAAAGACUUAGGAUCGAGCUACUGAACACGCGGGCCACAACGGUACCGGAGCUGAUAUCUGUUGCAUCAUCUAUAAGAACAAUGAAGCGUGCUCACCCGAAUUCAAAUAGUGUGAACACAAGUAAACGACCACGAUUUUCAAACGCAACUCCAUCGACUUUACCCUGCCGUAUCUGUAAAAGAUCUAAUCACACUACUAGCGAAUGUUAUUAUAAGCCUACUGAAUACAAACCUGAACAAAGGAACAAAACUAAAACCGAAAACAACAACAAGGAAGUAACCUCCAACCAGAACAAUAAAACAACAAUCUGUUCAUUUUGCAAAAUACCAGGGCACUCUUUUGAAACCUGCUUCAAACGCGAACGUUCAUUAACAUCAAACGUAAAUUACAUUGCUGGAUCAAAACUAGCUCCGAUUCAGGUAAAGAUUGGACCAAGAACUUUUCAGGCAGUUUUUGAUAGUGGUGCAGAAUGCUCACUUAUACGAGAAUCUAUAGCAGCUCAAUUGCCAGGAAAAAGACUAGAAACGGUAAAUUACUUGAGGGGAAUUGGACAAUUUCCUGUACUUUCAAUAGCUACACUUGUUACGAUUGGGGUCAUUGAUAACAUCAAUGUUGAACUACAAUUCUACAUAGUGGCGGACUACGAGAUGACGACAGAUAUUUUAAUAGGAAUGAACUUGAUAAAUAAUACAAAUCUCACUAUGAUGAUUACUUCGGUUGGAACAAGGUUAACACGUCUGCUGAAUAUCAAUCAGGUUCAAUGUAUGAACCCGAUCUUUGAUAAAUUGGAUUGUGACCUCACGAGUGAAGAAGAUAUUACAAAAUUACGCACGCUUCUGAACAAAUAUCAACACCUGUUUAUCAGAGGCGUGGCUCCGCUUACUUUACUUACCCAACGCAGACAUUGUGUUCCUCCAGAACUGCUAACUCUCGUAAAUAUUGACGAGCAGACUAUUGAUAUUGAAGCACUCACUAGCCAUGUUCAACAAAAAAUGUCACAAAAUGCAGAACAGGACAAGCAACGCUUCAAUUCAAAGAAAGCAAAGAUUCGUCAGUUUCAGCGAGGUGAUUAUGUACUCAUUAAAAAUAAUCCUCGUAACCAAACUUCAUUGGAUCUAAAAUUUAGCGAGCCCUACGAAAUAACGAAAAUCCUGAACAAUGACCGCUAUCUAGUAAAAAAGGUGGUUGGUUCAGGGCGUCCAAGAAAAGUUGCACAUGAUCAACUUCGUCGGGCACCUCAACCUGGAGACCAGAUGACCGUAUCGGCGGAAGAAGACGACUCUCCAGCAUCAACCAAUGAGGCUAUAGCAUCUACUUCACGAAGCAAUAUAGUCGAACAACGAACUCAAGAGUACACAGAUACCAAGCUCAAAAAGAAACAUUUCACUGUUUCAGAUGAACUUCGAGAAUUCUCCGAUAAAAGUCAUACAUGCGGCUGGUGCAGAGCGCGCACCGCCGGUCAGAACGGCCGUAUCGGCGCAACAUCAUUUAUU